GAGAGAUCAGCUCCACUGUCAGACACAAUGUGAAGUCCACCAUGAUCCCUGUGUGUUCCUCUGGAUCUGACAGUAUCAUCAUCAGUGUAUCAAUGACUGCUCUGUCCAUUUUUAUCUAAUAAUAUGCAUCCUGGGCCUAGCUCCGCCCAGGACGACUGUGAUUGGUUUAAAGAAACAAAAGCAAUCCGGAGUGUUUUCCUCCCAUAUAUCAGAAACAUAAUGGAUGAUUGCAGACCUUUCUCUGGUGCUGACACAGCGCUGUGGAAAUAGAUCUGGCUCCGUGAGACUGCUACGCUGUGGAAAGAUGGAGAACUGAUGUUCAUUUUCUUGUUCUCCUGUAUCUCAGAGGUUGAUGUCAGAGUGCACAAGUCUGCAUGUACGUUUAAUCAUUCUCAUCAGAGUCAGAUUAUAUUUCUGUAAACGCCUUCUUUAUUCUUCUGUAUGUUCAGGUUAUUUCAUCUGAAUCAUUAUAUUCUGUAACUGACUGCAGCAGAAACCAGUGUGUUGACACAAUAAAUCAAUGGAGACAAGAUGGCGGAGCCGGCUGACGGUCUGGCAGGAGCUGCAGACGCGCUCACCAAACUUUCAUCCUUGUUCUCAUCUGCACUGUUAAAACCGGCUGAGAAAUGCCAUGAUCUCAUCCAUACUACAAAAGCCAAACAUGGACCGAGGUUUGAGGACUUUAUACAGCGAUCGGCACUUUUAAUCUACAUUGCUGCUGAUCCUCUCGGUCCGCAGUUGCGGGGUCAAUCAGCUGAUGAACUUGCAAGACACUGCACUACCACCAGUGCAACCUGUCAUACACAAUAAAUGGAGCCAAUUAAUUCUCUACGCUGCAAUACUACGAGAUGGGCGAGCAACUGCACCAUGUGAACAAACCAACACUGCGAGAGAUAAAGCUUCACGUUUAUACAGAAAGCUGCUCGCCUACCUGGUGACCACCCUCCUCCUUGCCGGCGACGUGCAGUUGAACCCGGGGCCUGUUUCUGCGCAAGAUCUGCAGCCUCCAGCCGGGACACCCGCUAAUCCAGGGCAGGUGCCCGCAUGCUCUCAGCCAACCCGGCAUACGGUAUUCAGCAUGCAAUUUUCCCCAAACCCGCACCAGCUGCUCUGUCCGACACCGAUUGAUGUCCCCCAGGUCCAUGCUCCUAUCCACUCAGUUCCACCUCUGACCACCAUACACACAGUACCGGACUUGGACCUCAUAUUCACACCAACACCUCAUCCAUUCCGGGGGGUCCUCCACACUGGGAGCUGUGUCGGGUCUGCUACUGGGGGUGCUGUCCUUGGGUCCCUUCGGCCUGGCCGGCUGGGGGCUCCUCCCUUCGAUGUGGGGGUCCACCUGUCUGUCGGAGUCGGGGGGCCUGGGUGCUGGUCCCCCCCGAUGGCAUGGCCUGCGGCUCCUCCCAGUGUGGACGGCCCCAAAGGUGGCGUUUCCUUGAUCCUCAGUGCCAUGCCAUGUCUCCCUAUUGUGUGUGAUUGUGUGUGUGUGUGUGUGUGUGUGUGUGUGUGUGUCUAGUAUGAAGGG